UCUAUACAGGCAGGCGAGAAGGUUCGUAUAAAGCUUCCCCUUACCAGUCCCCUUACCAGUCCCCGUUUCUCUUCGUCUUCAUCUAUCGACCUUUCCCAAUCCCAAUUCUUGCUACUCAAGCCUACAUCACUCUCACCCUCUUUAACUCGUGUCACCCAUCCUUUACAAUGUCUUAUAACGACGAUUCCUACGGCUCAGGGCAGAAGAAGAGCUAUGGCGGUGAUAGCAAUGAGUCUUCGGGCUAUGGACAGAAAAAGAGCUAUGGAGACAAUAGCAAUGAGUCUUCAGGCUACGGACAGAAGAAGAGCUACGGCGAUGACAGCAACGAGUCGAGUGGCUAUGGGCAGAAGAAGAGCUACGGUGGUGACAGUAAUGAGUCAGGUGGCUACGGGCAGAAGAAGAGCUACGGUGGUGACAGCAAUGAGUCAAGUGGCUAUGGGCAGAAGAAGAGCACUAGCUACGGGGACGACAACGAAGGAUCGGGAGGUUAUGGAUCCAAGAAGACUACCGCCAGCUACGGUGACGACAGCAAUGAAACCUCUGGCUACGGCUCCAAGAAGUCAACGAGCGAUUCGUAUGGCUCCAAGAGAGACGAAGACGACUCCACCAGCUACGGAUCUAAGAAAACUUCAAGCUAUGGCAAUACCAACACCAACGACAAUGAGUCUAGCGGAUAUGGCUCAAAGAAGACCACCAGCUACGGCGAUGAUAGCAAUGAGUCCAGUGGAUAUGGCACGAAGAAGACGACAGGCGGUUAUGGGUCUAGGACAGAUGAGAGUGAGUCGGGUGGGUAUGGUCAGAAGAAGUCGUAUGGGGAUGAUAGCAACGAGUCGGGUGGAUAUGGUUCAAAGAAGAGCUACGGAGAUGACAAUGAGAGCAAAGGGUAUGGACAGACGAAGUCAUAUGGAGAUGACAGCAAUGAGUCCAGUGGAUACGGUCAAAAGAAGUCGUAUGGAGAUGACAAUGAGUCUAGAGGAUAUGGCCAAAAGAAGAGCUAUGGUGAUUCGAAUGAAUCUGCUGGAUAUGGGUCCGGUCGACGCAAUGACAAUGAUUACUAGUGGCAUACGAGUGUUGGCUCUGCCGCUGGCUGAACA